AUGCCAUCCCACCUCGCCGCCAGGCUGACGGCCGCCUUUGGCGAGCCUGUCGAGGAUCCCGAUGAGGAGACGUUUCUGCUCUACGCCCGGCCCAUGCCCUCGCAGGACCUCGGCUUCGUCGACCCCCGCGCCGCCGUCCUCGAGGUGCCCGUCCGCGGCCGCGACUACACCAUCCACCAGUCGCCCUCGGUGCUGGCCUCGUCGCGCGCCGGCGGCACCACCGGAGCGGUCCUCUGGCGGGUGACCCCCUUAUUCGCAUCGUGGCUCGCGGGCAGCGACAACAGCCCCAUCCUCCCGCUCCUCCGCCCGCGCCCCUCCGUCGUCGAGCUCGGCUGCGGCAUCUCCCCGCUCUGCGCCCUCGCCCUCCGGCCCCUCGUCUCUUCCUACCUGCUCACCGACCAGCCCUACGUGCAGCGCCUCGUCGCGCAGAACCUCGCCGCCAACCCGCCGCCCACAUCUUCCUCCUCCUUCUCCUCCCCCUCCCACUCCGCCUCUCACGCCUCUCCUCCAUCUUCUCACAAGCCCUCCUCGUCGUCAAAACGAGCAGCACGCCGUGGAGGCGCAGGCGCGGCAGCAGGGGCAGAGCAGCAGCAGCACGGCGAUGUACGCUUCCGCCCCCUGGACUGGGAGACGGACCAGGUAACCGCCGACCUGGCGAGCCCCCAUGGGACCAGCUUCGACGCCGUGCUCGCGUGCGACUGCGUCUUCAACUACGCCCUCGUUGCGCCCUUCGUGCAGACCUGCGCAGACGUCUGCGCGCUGCGCGCCUCGGAGUCACGCGUGGCUACCUCCUCCUCCUCCUCCUCCGAUGACAACGGACGCGGACGCCACUCGCGGCCUGGGGACGCGGGCGAAGCCGUGGCAGAUCCGUGUCUCUGCAUCGUCGCGCAGCAGCUGCGCAACGACGACGUCUUCCUCGAGUGGCUGCGUGCCUUUAGCGACAAGUUUCACGUCUGGCGUGUGCCCGAGGAUGUCCUGCCCGAGGGGCUGCGACCCGACGAUGGGUUUGUCGUGCACGUUGGCGUCCUGAAGGAGGACCACGAGCAGCAGUGA